CGUAUCGCUUUUCCAGGAUGUUUGGUCCUCCGUGCGCGCCGUAGAAGCAUGUCGCUGCUUGGAGGGUUUCGCGAAAAAGUUAGCAAAGUGCAUCCAAACGUCACUGGAAUUUACGAAUUCUCUGGUAUGGGCCAUCAUUCGUGAUUUCUGGAGAUGACUGAAAUUUUGAAGAGCAGGUUCGAGUUCCCCAGCUCCCUCAUUCAAGCCCAGGCUGUGAGGACACUGGUCACUGCGGUGCUGAAAGAGAAAGGCCAGAAUGAAAGGAUUUGUCAGACAACCGCUAAAGGUCAAUCGCUGGAGUCUCUGUGGGAGCAGUGCAGCAGUGACAGUACUGUCGUCCGCUCGGCCUGCUGUGACGCUCUGGUGCUGCUUGUAGAACAGGGACAUGCAGAUCUGCCAUAUGUGCUCAACACCACCCUUAACCUCCUGCCCUCGGCACGGAAUGUUCAAGGGCUGAUCAAAGUGGUUGGGAGGCUGCUACAGAUCCAGGCAAGUCAGCGGGAUAACGGAGCAAGCUUCACCUGUCCAUACUCAAUUAGGACCUUCCCUCACCCCUACAUUACAGUGCUGGAAAACCGCCCUGACUGCUGGCCUGCUCUGCUCCAGGAAAUUGAUGACUUCCUUCAGCUGGCUAUGGACAAAGAUGAGCCAGUAUAUGUGAAAAUGCUGGUUCCGUUCCUUCGUUACCUGUACUGCGAGCCCCAGAGGUUGUCAGAAAACGCUCUGCUUCGACACAGCCUCCUCAGGGUCCUGCUCCAACCUCGAGGGGUUCCUGAGCCUGACAGCCUGCAGGAAAAGGGGGCGUCUGGCACUCGGGUGGUCCGUGAGCUAAUACAGAGUCUCUUUGACCUGCUUCCAUACAUGCUGGUGGACAGUGUUACCGCAGUGGUUGAGUUCAGCUCAUUUGCUGAAUCUCUGACAUCGGCUCUGCUCAUCGAUCCAGGCUUCUGGAGGAAGGAACUGACUCAGCUGACACUUCAGCUCCUGUGUGCCUGUCAGCUGAGUCUUCAUCUGGGAGGAGAACUGAUGUCUCUCCUUCACACACUCCACCAGAUAAUACCUGCACAUGCAGAGGAACUCCCGCCUGAGCAAGUGAUCAUGGGAAUCUCCCUGCUACUGCUAAGUGCCUCCACCUCUCAACAAACUGCCCUCCUAGAGCUCGCUGUAAAGAUUGUCCCUCCUGAGCUUCCACCUCCUUGGGGUGCAUCUUUGCUGGUGAUGCCCUUGUUACAGGUGCUGUCCUGCUCCAGCCUCAUGGAAGCCCUGACAGACACACAGACACACACAAAGAACCUUGAACUGACCAAUUCACUGUUGCAAAGGGUUCAAAGAGAGGCCUCAGAUCGAAGAGAGGACUCCACACAGCUGAGUUUGCCUCUCAGCACUUGGUACAGCGAGCUUCAAGUGGCCACCAGCGUCCUGCACCGAAUUUCCGUAGACUCCAUUGCAUCCAUGGAAUGGCUUUACUCCCUGCAGUCAUCACUCUCUGUCUGUGAACACGUCCCAGAUAGUGUUUGUCUCCUGGUGUCCCAUGUUAUCGUCAGCAGUCACGGGGAUCUCUGCAGGUUAGCGCUGGACACUGCUGCUGCCAUCGCCGAGGCUGACCCUGCUAAGGUGCCAUGUUUCCUCCCCGUCCUGAUGUUUAAACUGGGCAGAGUCUCUGAUCCGGCUUUGUCUCACUCUGUUCUCUACACUCUGCCAAAACUGGGAACCCACAAGUUCUGUAUCCCGCAGGUGCUUCAUGUCCUCCAAACUCUGGGCAGUUCAUCCAGACUGAGGCCUGUGGCGCUGCGCCUCUUAGCUCUUUUAUGGAAAAAACAGGACCGUGUGUAUCCGGACCUGCAGAGACUGAUGUCACAGCUUGAAAAAUCAUCAGUGGUCUUGGGAAAAAAUACGCAGUGGGAGCAGAUAUUGGCUAGAGCAGCCUGCAUCAGAGACAUCUGCAGAGAGAGGCCGUACCAACAUGGAGGAGACAUGCUGGCUGCCAUCAGCGACACACUGAUGCAGUUCUCCAGGAAGGACCAGGCCACCCCUGCUGCUCUGGCACUGCAGGGCUUACAGGAGCUCUGUAGAGCUGAGGUAGUGGAUAUCAUCUCCACAUGGAAAGCCCUCUCUCCUAAGCUGUGCUGUGACACCAGACCCCUGGUCCUAAAGGCCACAGCUGAACUUCUGGCAUUAGUACCUACUUUAAACGUCAAAACUGAAGAAUAUGAGAAGUUCAGAAACGAGGCAGUCUGUGUUUUAUGGGGCUACGCACUUAGUCAGGACCCAGAGGUUGCAAGCCCGGGUUUUAAAGCUCUCUCGGAGUACCCUGAACCGUCUCACACCAUCCUACACUUGCCAGAGCAGAUCAGACCUGUACCAAAGCAGCCUGAAGAAGAGGAUGAAGGGAAGGAGAAUGAGAACGAGAAGGAGGAAGAUGUUUCAGUGCCAGGGACGUCAUACGUGAAGCUAGUUCGUCUCACACCACGAUCUGUUUUACCAGCCCUUGAGACCUUCCUAACGGCUCUAGUACGGCAGGAGAUGAACCAAAUGCCCCGUGGCGUGUACCAUUCAGCUCUGAUUGGGGUGAAUUUGCGCUCUGACCAGGGAAAAACUGUAUCUGGAAUUCCUUCUUUUAUGCUGAAAACAUAUGAGAAGAACAAGCAGCCCGGUCUGAAACCUGGCUUAGCAGCUGGGCUUCUACUCUGUUAUGACCUUCCUGUUCAAACUGACAAAGAUGGACAUCCAAUCACACGAUUUCUUGUCAGCAGAGGGCGGAGUUAUCAACAAAUGUUAGCCACCCUUAUUCAUGAGGUGAACAUCCAGCCGUCUGAAUGGCAUCGUUCUCUGCUCUUGCCCCAGGCCUGGCGGGGCUUCAUGAGCCGGGCUUACCAUGCAGCUCUCAAGGGUCGAAAGGCAGAGCUGGAGAUGCUUCAGAAGCAGGGUAAAGAGAGCCCAGAGGAACUGCAGUACAAACAGCACUAUGCCUGGCUCUGGGUCAGAGACCAACUGACGGAUGUGGUCAAAUCUGCCGCCAAAGAUAGUCCAGUUGUUCAAGGUAAUUCUAUCCUGGCACUAAGUGGCCUGGCUGUUGUUUUAACCAGAUAUGAGAGCAACCUCCCUACACAGUCUGAAAGUGGACUUGAGGUGGGUCCGGACUUCCUUCCCACAGUUCACUGGCUGACGAUGGUGAUUGACACACUGCUCAGCAUUGUUAGCAGUAACAGUAACCCUAAAGCACAAGUCUUCCCAUGGUUCAUUCAUCGCUCAUACUCGGGUGAGAACACAGCGAGUGUGAUCGCGCGCUCCUGUGCUGCUCUGGGGCUGGCGUUGUUGGUGCCGGUGCUGGUGACCUCGUGCAAAAAGAACAUUCCUGCUAUACUGGGCACCCUAGAGGCGGGACUGCCAGGCUCGCCCUCCGCAGACGAGUCUCAGGCACUCCAGUUUCACAGCGGCCUGGCUCUGGGCAUGUUUCUAGCCUGGCUGCAUGACGAGAGAGUCAGUGAUAUAUCUGGGCAGUCGGUAGCAGAGCUGCUAGUGAAACAUCUGGAACGACUGGAAGACUGUUGCUUUAAUCCCAAUCUGGAGUACAAUGCUGGUUGUGUGUUAGGUGUGGGGUUGGUACUCAGUUCUCUCAGUAGCAGUAGUCAGUCUGAGCGGGACGGUGUGCAUGUGUCUCUAACGCUGGACAGACUCCUGCAGAGCCUGCAGGACAGCAGCAAUAUGAGCCGCAUGCAGCAGGAGGUUUUGGCCUAUUCUGUGGCGUGUGUUGCAGUUUCAGCAUUUAGUGCAGGCAUUAUUGAGGCCAGCAAGGCUGAGGAAAGCAUGAACACACUGCGCACUCUAACAGAGGAAAGCCAACAGACACCAGGCUUUGCUUUGGCAUUGGGUCUCACAGUGUUUGGACUCUCUUCUUUUGGUCAUGGUAAAGCGGUAGACAUCCAGCCUCGUCUGCUGGCUGCCUGGACCAAGAUACUGCUGGCAGAGGGUUGUCCCACAAUGCAGAGGCUGUCUGCCCUCAAUGGACUGAUCGCAUUAGUGGGAUCAGAGAUGGCUCUCAUUCAGAUGAAGAGUGAAUCUGAGGAGUCCUCACAGCAGCAGAGCAGACUGAACGAGGUCAUCCGAGCCAUUACACAGAUCAUCACUUUUUCAGGAACAAUAGGUCUGCAGUCUAACGGAGCAUGUCUGCUUGGACACCUGCAUCUGGCCCACAUGUCCAGCAGCCACAGUCGAACCGCAGUUCCUCAGGACUUUGGUUAUCUCCCAGAGAAAAGUGUCAUCCGAGCUUCAGUAGACUUCAUCACCGAAGCGGGAAGAAAAGGACCUGAGUUCACUCCUCCACACCUGGUGAAGACGGUGCUGGCAGCGUUAGUGACGGUCGGUGGAAGCUUCCAGUAUCCUCCAGUCAACUGGAGCGCCAUCCUCUCUCCGCUGAUGAGACUCGGCUUUGGAGAGGAAGUGCAGCAUCACUGUUUAGCGUUAGCUGCCAGUCAGGCCCAGUCUUCCCAGAGUGCCGCACUUUUCCUCGGCAUCUGGCUUGUGCCUCCCCUGGUUCACAGUCUGAGUAUGCACUCCAGGGCUUCUCUGUACGAGUGCCUGAACUCCUGGAUGAAGCACGUGGCUGAAGACAAACUCCAGGUGUACGUGGACAGUCUGGCAAUCCAGCAGUUUGUGCCUGACACACGUCCUCAGCGCCUGCCCCUGUGCCUGUCCAUCCUGCGUGGGCUGUCCAAAGCCAUGGCGGUCCCCAACCCGCCCCAAAACUGCUGGACUGCCCUGUGCUCCACCACUGAAAAGAUCUACAACCUCUUACCUGAUAAUAUCCCUGCUGGUGAGGUGCACCUGUAUGAAGCCAUGUGUUCGUGUCUGUCUGAACUGAGCGACACUGAGAUUGACCGCAUACUUAAAGUAACUGAGGCUAAUGUGGAAAAAACAGCUUUCAUCCUCUGCUACCUGACCUCUAAAGGCAGAGUCCCUCUGCUCGGACUCAAUGAUGUCAUCAGUACCAUCCUCCAGGUGGGGAAUAAGAAACGAAUCAGCUGGCUUCUCCUGCAGGCCCUCCACCAAUCACGCUUCGCCUCUAGUCCCAGUACAGGGGUCUCUAAACGAAUGGAGUGGCUUUUGGAGUUAAUGGGGCACAUCAGAAAUGUUGCAUACGGAUCUCCUUCUGUUAAAUGUGUCAGUGUUAUAGAGGGAACAGACUUCCUCCUCGGUGUGUUUGCUGCAGCAGUGGUGUCUUGGGCUGAUCAUUGUGCUCCGCUUCUCAUUGGAAUCAGGGCCCAGUGGUUUCCCUGGGAACAGUCCUCUCUGACAACAGACCUGUCCCAUGACCUCUGUGUCAACCCUGCUAUCACAGAGCUGUCGGUCGCGUCAUGCCUUCUUGCAAUCCCAUGCAGCAUGAAAAAACUACUCUGCAAAGAGCCGUGGAAAUCCCAGUCACAGAAGUUCAUCGACUGGCUCUUCAGUAUUACAGAAGGUCCUAAACUAGGUUUCUCUGAGACUGCCUUACUUACAGCCAAAGCGACUCUAAUGGCUCUGAGAUCCAGCUCUGAGUUCAAGAAGAAGGGUGUGUGGACCAGGGCGUAUGGUUGGUGACCUCCCUGAAAGCUGCCACACACCAAGGACACCAUUUGUUUACAUGCAUAUUCAGAGUUGCAUAACAAAGCAAAUACUUUCUAGUUCCAAUACUCAAGUGAUGAACCCAUCUGAAACCAGAUUGAACACUGACAUGUUUAAUAGAUUGAAAGUGUGUAUACCACAUUAUAGUAAGAACAAAAGAGAAAUGCAUAAAAAUGGCUUUAGAAAGCAUAAUUUUCCACUUUCAUGUAUUGCUUGUAAAAUGUAUUGAGCGUUUUUCUGUAACCAAUUAAGUUUGGAAAAUAAACAUCUGUGCCACACCAAGUUUAUUUUUCUGCUCAAAGAAGCUUGUGCUCUGUGCAUAACUGUACUUUCAAUAAAGACUUGAAAUCCAGCUCAAGCUGA